CGGCCCGGCUCGCUCUGCGGGAAUGUGGGCUGGAGUGGUCCAGCUGCGGGGCCGAGGUGCAGCGAGCCACAGGGUCGAUCCAUAGCGCCAUGGCCUGCAUCCUCAAGAGGAAGCCUGCGCUUGCGGUGAGCUUCAUAGCCCUGUGCAUCUUGCUGCUAGCCAUGCGCCUUGCCAAUGACGUGACUUUCCCUUUGCUCCUGAACUGCUUUGGACAACCUAAAACCAAAUGGAUCCCUUUGUCCUACACACUCAGGCAGCCUCUUCAAACUCACUAUGGAUACAUAAACGUGAGGACCCAAGAGCCUUUGCAGCUGAACUGUAACCAUUGUGCCGUCGUGUCGAACUCGGGUCAGAUGGUUGGACAGAAGGUGGGGGAAGAGAUAGACCGUGCGUCCUGCAUCUGGAGAAUGAACAAUGCCCCCACCAAGGGUUUCGAGGAAGAUGUCGGCUACAUGACGAUGGUCCGAGUGGUGUCACACACCAGCGUCCCUCUCUUGCUGAAAAACCCGGACUAUUUUUUCAAGGAGGCGAGCACAACCAUUUACGUCAUCUGGGGCCCUUUCCGCAACAUGAGGAAGGACGGGAACGGGAUCGUGUACAACAUGCUAAAGAAGACGGUCGACACCUACCCAGACGCGCAGAUCUACGUGACCACGGAGCAGCGGAUGACGUACUGCGACGGGGUGUUUAAGGAUGAAACUGGGAAAGACAGAGUCCAGUCUGGCUCCUAUCUCAGCACCGGGUGGUUCACCUUUAUCCUGGCCAUGGACGCCUGCUACAGUAUCCACGUCUACGGGAUGAUAAAUGAGACCUACUGCACGACAGAAGGGUAUAGAAAAGUCCCCUAUCAUUACUAUGAACAAGGGAAGGACGAGUGUAACGAGUAUCUUCUCCAUGAACAUGCCCCAUACGGGGGACACAGGUUCAUCACCGAGAAGAAAGUGUUUGCCAAGUGGGCCAAGAAACACAGAAUAGUAUUUACACACCCAAACUGGACAGUGUCCUGAUGCUGUGCUUCCUGACCGUGACACUGCAGCUGUGAGGAAGAGAGGUUGAUGGUGGUGACAGUGCGGGCAGGAUGCUCAUGGUGACCAUGGUCCUGGACAUUCUCUGUGGGGACACUGACUCUGCUAGUAAUUUGAACUUUGGCAUUCUGUGGGAGGGGGUCAUGUUCAUUCUGGUCCUUCUGGUGGUUCAGCCCUGCGAAUUGCACUUUAAAACUUACCUACAACUGAAAUGAAGGCUGUGACUAAAGAAAACACGAAGAUUACCUUUCAAGAUGGCUGCUCAGAAUUCUUUAACAGAGGCUUCCAGGACUCACGAUUCAGCCUGCUCAGGCAAGGUUACUGAGUGCAUGGGCUGCUCCCCAUCUUGGAAAACGGUGGACUGUCAUAAUACACUGUCCCCAAGCAAUUCUUUCAGGGUAGAGAUAUCUUGCCACCGUUACCAGUUACCCUGAUAGAGGGGAGGUAUCUCUUUCUGCUCUGCCAUCUUUCUUCCAUAUGUCUCUCAUCUAAAGCCUCAGGCCACCUAACUAAAUGUAGCAAUGAAGGCAUUCUGUAAUUCCUGCAUAUCAGGAUUGCUGGACUGUCUCAGAGACUUAAUUCAAAAUGUAUCAAAUAGCAAAUAUUGACAAUUUUUCACUUGGACAGCUGUGCUCUCACUACUCAAAACAAUGUAACUAAACAUAUUACUACAAUUACCUACAUUAAUGUUUAGUUAUUUUUGGUUGAGUGCUAAACAUUAACAGGUUAGAUAUACUGCUACACUGUAAUAACACAUACUGUGAAAGCAUUUCUUGAAAAUAACCAAAGGGUUCCUCACUCUUCUUCAACACUCAGUACCAAGAAAUGAGAUGCUCUUUGAAACCACAAAACAGGGGAAAGCAAGACAUAUUUUUGCAUCAAUUUGUAUCCUAUCAUAUUCAUAAUAUAUAUUUUUAAAUUCAAAUUUCUAUUUUAUAAGCUGAAGGUGUACCUCUCUCCAUAUACAUUAUCAAUGUCAAGUGCCAAACGGUAGAUAUGGAACCUUCUUUAUAUCAUCAAACCCAGCCCAAGCUUUUGCCUUCAUAGGGCUGAUUGUCCCUUAGGUUGCCGUAUGUUCUGCUAGAAAAGUAAAAUGGUCAUGAGCUUCAUUCCCAAAGUGCUUCGCUAUGCUUCACAUAGGCUAUGUACCACGUGACGCCCAUGGCCACCUCCCUGGACUAUUGCCUGCACAUUCUGCCAUCCCCAGCAGCUGAUCUGCAUUGUUGGCUGUGUUCAUGUGUCCCAGGUCGCUCUAGUUCAGAAUAUAGGUAUAGAAUAGCAUUUGUGUAAAUCAGUAAACGACUGAGUUCUCUGCCAAGCACAGCAUAGCAUACCGAGAUUAUGCAAAAUGGCCACAAGGACGGCCGUGUCAUAGAUCAGUACCCUAUAAGCUUAGAUACCUUCAAUGUUUUUGCUUCUGUUCGUGGCUCUCUGUUCCAGAGCUCGGGGACAAUGGCUAGGAAUGGUAGCAGAGAAAUACAGUUUCCAGGUCUAGACCUGAGACAGCUUUCUUCUCUGUAGACUCAAUGAUCCUUAAAUAUUAGAGGUUGAUUUUCUGAGACACUUCCAAGCAUCCAUAAAUAUCUUGGCACAAUGAUUCAAAAGCUAAAACCAAGCUGCAUUGAGUGUUUUAGAGCUGGAAAUGACAAAACACCUCACCUGUGCCACCUCGACAGGGCUUUCCUACGAUUAAGGGCUAUGCUAACUCAUUAAGAUGUGCAUCUUUCCUACCCUCUGCACCCAUUUUGAUAUCCCACACCCCGACCCAUAAGCUUUGCCCAGCCCCAUCUUCACCGCUGGAGAGGAGUGGUCAUUCUGUUGUUUGCUUGUGUGAUUUUUUAGUUAUGAAUGUUAGUUCCUAUAGAGCUGAUAGUGGAUCCAAGUGCCCACUUAAAGGAAAGUAAAUAAAAUAAAUCAUAGCAAUGUUAAAAUUUC